AUGUCUUUUCUAUGAGGCAUAGAGUGAUGCGAAACUCGUUUUUAGAUCACUGAAUUUGUCACUGUUUUUCAUUGUCUGAAUUUUCGUGUAUUUGCUGUUCGAGAGUAAUUUAACAAGUCAAUAUGCCGAAGAAUAAGGGAAAGGGAGGUAAAAACAGAAGAAGGGGUAAGAAUGAAAACGAAACAGAGAAAAGAGAGUUGGUGUUCAAAGAAGAUGGACAAGAAUAUGCACAAGUUACAAAGAUGCUUGGUAAUGGAAGGUUAGAAGCAAUGUGUUUUGAUGGUGUCAAACGUUUAUGCCACAUUCGAGGAAAGUUAAGAAAAAAAGUAUGGAUUAAUCAAGGUGACAUUAUAUUAAUUGGUUUACGAGAUUAUCAGAAUGCAAAAGCAGAUGUUAUAUUGAAAUAUACAGCAGAUGAAGCUCGUAAUUUGAAAACAUAUGGUGAAUUCCCAGAAACUGUACGUAUCAAUGAUACUGUCACCUUCGUUGAAGAUGGUUUCGAUGAAGAUAUCGAGUUUGGUGAUGAAAUUAGUGAUGAUGAUGAAGACGAUGUUGACAAUAUCUGAUGACUUUCAGUACAAUAAUAAUUAAAAGACAGCUGAGUGUAAUUUUAAG